UUGGGGGAUCUUUUUUUUUGUGCCUUUAUACAAAGACAAAUGAAAAUCUCGGCGUGGGUGUCCCUGGCAGCUGUAUCGCUGAGCUGCAUGGCACAUCAUGGCCAUUGUGAUACUUUUGAACAGACAUUUCGGGAACCAAAGACUGUAUUAUUCAGUGUGGCCGGUGGUGGAUCGUCUCAUGUCAACUGGGUGCUCACCGUACUUGAACAAGUGGCCGCGAGAGGUCAUCGCGUCAUUUAUGCCGCAAAGGACGAUCAUACUCGAUAUGGCCGAGCUUAUCCUUCGAUCGAGACGGCUUCGAUAGGACCGGCCAGUUUGCUCAACUCCAAGGAUUUUCUAUCCGAGGAGAACAGCCAUCCAAAGAUGCUCGAUAUGGUGGCUGCUACCUUUGACGUGCUGCAUAGCGAUUAUGAGCGUGAGCUUGCGGCAUACAAAGAGCUGUUUGCAACGCAUAACAUCGAUAUGGUGAUCUGUGAUCAUUUUGCAGUCGCAUGCAUGGAUGCAACCCGCGACGCUAAAACGACACCUCUUGUCGUCACUGCGACAAAUGCCAUGUUUCCUGAUGCUGGAGCACCGUACAUCAACAACGACAUCCUCUCGCUUGGCGACCCUACGACACAAUAUCAGGGCAUAUGGAAACGAUUUGAGAACAAGUUCAUGCGACCUUUCCAACUGCUGAUGAAAGUGGGCCCCAAACUGAACAAACUGGCGGCAAGAAAAACUGCAGCGGGUAUUCCCACGUCCAUUCUCGAUACCCCUGAUGUUCUUUUGGCAGACAAUUUGAAAAUCAUCAAUUCGGUCUUUGGUCUGGAAGCCGCGCGCCCUCUCGGCCCCUUGGUGGAAAUGGUCGGCCCGGUGUUGCCGAAACAUUAUGAACCUUUGAGCGGGGAUUUGAAAUAUUUCCUCGAAGCACAUUCUCGCGUAGCGUAUGUCAGCUUUGGGCAGCAUGUAAUUCCUAGUCGUGAAGAUAUUGAACUCAUCCUCACGGCUCUUGUCGAGAAUCUCGAUGAAGGUACCAUUGAUGGGUUCAUCUGGGCUACUUCUGCCGCGGCUCCCAAAAAAGUAGAUCGCAUGUUUCCUGCCACUGUUACUGCGGCAUCCAAUCGCGUGUAUGAUAUCAAGCACAUGCUACAGGGAGAUCAUCCUGAUUGCCGUAUCAUUCGAUGGGCACCUCAAGUAGGUAUUUUACGUCACAAUGCGACCAUUACAUUUAUAUCGCAUGGCGGUGCGUCGUCUGUCGCGGAAGCGCUUCACACCGGUGUACGUCUGGUUAUCUAUCCGUUCUUCUCGGAUCAGCCCACUACUGCGCGACUUCUUUCGCGCGCAGAGGUGGCUGGAUUCAUGUCACACGAGGAAAGCCAGGAGCAAGGUACUGAAGUGUUACGUCGCGUGUUGAAGGAUGAGCAAGGCAUUUUUCAGAAGAAUACGGAUCGCUAUCAAGCCCUUAUUCAGAUUUAUUCCAAAACGGGCGCCAUACGCGGAGCCGAUUUGAUAGAAGAAGUGCUCUUUGUCAGCGAUGGAGCCAAUUUGCCCCACCGUCAAGUAGUUUCCCGUCACAUGUCGUUUGUGAAGGCCAAUAACAUCGAUUUGUAUGCGAUACUUUUCGCCCUAGUAAGCCUUCCCGUCGUGACGUUGGCGGUGAUCAUCAAGCACUUUUGCGUCUCCGAAAAAGCGGUCAUCAAGAAACCGAAAACAGCAUAAGCUACCUUGGCAAAUGGGUACCCGACCAGUUACGAAGAAACCAUGUCAUGUAGAAUCAUCUUUUUUAGAUAUAUAAACCAAGUUCAAUGCCAAAUUGGAUGAUAUCAUACAAACAUCACACAAGGUCAACAACGUCUAUUGCAAGCGAGAAACUCUGACGAGUAGAACUGUAUACUAUAUUAUAAGUUGCUCUUGAACAUAUGCAACCCUUUCUCCGCGUUAUAUGUCGUUAUAGAGAUUCAUUUAUAUUAGACGCAAGUAGCUUUUUUGUUUGUCAUGGCGCAUGUGGUUGUUUUGACAAAUUGUCCAAAACGGCCUGUGCAAUCAAAGUUUGACAACGAUGAUCCAUUUCAGUCGCCGCCAGACUGGUUCAUGCUGCCACCGUCACUUCCUCCCCAGC